AUGGUCAACAAGAUGACCCCGAACUGUGAUAAACGGAGCGCGGACACGGCCUAUUGGAUGACAGCAUCCGAGGGCGGGUUCAUCAAUUCGCAGCCGUCGAUGGCUGAGUUCCUCAACCACCUGAGUCCGGAGAGUCCCAAAAUUGGAACACCUGUUGGAUCCGGCGCCAUCGGCGGAGUGGGCGUCAACGUUAACGUUAAUGUCGGCGUCGGAUAUCCGGUUGGCGUUGUCCCUCAAACGCCGGAUGGAAUGGACUCUGUGCCGGAGUAUCCCUGGAUGAAGGAGAAGAAGACAUCCCGCAAAAGCAGCAACAACAACAAUCAGGGUGAUAACUCCAUUACUGAAUUCGUUCCAGAAAACGGCCUGCCCCGACGACUCCGCACCGCGUACACCAAUACCCAGUUGCUGGAGCUGGAAAAGGAAUUCCAUUUCAAUAAAUAUUUAUGCCGCCCAAGGAGGAUCGAGAUAGCAGCCAGCCUGGACCUUACGGAGCGGCAGGUAAAAGUUUGGUUCCAAAACCGCCGCAUGAAGCACAAGAGGCAAACGCUCUCGAAAACCGACGACGAGGACAACAAGGACAGCCUCAAAGGUGACGAUGAUCAGUCCGUUUUACUUUUCGACUCCAAUUCAAAGAAAUCGUGUCAAGGCUGCGAACUGCCCUCCGAUGAUAUACCCGAUUCCACGUCAAAUUCCCGUGGACACAACAACAACACGCCGAGCGCAACCAACAACAACCCAAGUGCUGGAAGCCUGACUCCAAACUCGUCCCUGGAAACGGGCAUCUCCUCGAACCUGAUGGGCAGCACCACCGUAUCCGCCUCAAAUGUGAUCAGCGCCGACUCCAGUGUGGCAUCUAGUGUGAGCCUCGAUGAGGACAUUGAGGAGAGCCCCAUCAAGGUGAAGAAGAAAGACGAUGGUCAGGUCAUCAAAAAGGAGGCGGUAUCCACCUCGUCGAAGGCGUCGCCCUUUGGCUAUGAAAACUCCACUCCCAGUCUGGUCAGUUUUCGACGGGAUUCAGAUGCCGCCGCCGUCGGAAAUGCACCCACCAGCAAGGCGCACCAGCAGCAGCAGCACCACCAAAACCAUGUAGCCGACUUUGAGGCGCCAGUCAACGGACCCAGCAACUUCAACAAUGGCGCCUACUACGACAACAUGAGUUUUCAACAACAGGCGCAGGCUCACCAGCACCAAACGGUGGUCUUCCAACAGCAGCAGCCACACCAGCCAGCGGCGAUUAACCACCAGCACAUGCACCACCUGGGAACUGGGGAGACAUAUAGUGCUCUAGGGCUGCAGAUGGAGAACUGCGAGGGCUACAACAGCUUUGGGGCCGCCGGCAGCAGUGGUGGGUACUACGAGGCGGGUCAGCAACCUCCUGUUCCGGCCGCCCACGGCCAUGGACACCAUCCCCACCACGUGCAGGUGCCGGCUCAGGCGCAUGCACACAUCCACGCCCACCACAAUUCUGCGGCGAUUCCCGGAGGAGUGGGAGUCGGACCGCCACCCUCGCACAUCCACGGAUUCGCCAUCAAUGGGGGACCGACUGGUCAGGGCCAGGGAUUCGGGAACAACGGAAGCACUGCAGCUGGGACCGCGGCGAUCAGUGGGCUGGAGAACUCCAAUAGCUCGGACUUCAACUUUCUGAGCAACCUGGCCAACGACUUUGCGCCCGAGUACUACCAACUCAGUUAGUUCAUGUAGGAACCGAGCCAGAGGCCUGUGUAAAUAUUUGCUAGCCUAAUUCGACGCGUGGGCGUGAGUCUUGUAAUUCUAUUCAGUGUCGUAGCGUCGUAAGCACUUUGUCCUUAGCACAUAUCUGUACAUAAUAAGCUAUUCCUCUUUUUAGUCUAAUCAAAUCCAAACUGUCCUGAUUUUCUAUUGGCUUCAAGUCAAAUGAUGCUCUAUCUUAAAAUUCCAUUUAGAACUACAGAACAGACAACAAAAUUGUAAAUAGUUAGAAAAAUUGAACGGCUUUCGCAGAAGUCUACAUCAAUGAAUAUAAAUUACCGAAUUGUCUUUGAUGAACUGGGUUUUGUAUAUAUCUGAAGUAGCUUUAAUCAAAAACGUAAACAAACUGUCAAUAAACCGAAUGUAAAAUUAUAACUAAAUGUUUGGAUCGCUCUCAGUCCAAGUGCAAUGUCUUAAUGAAAAAAUUUA